AUGGUUGAGAAGACAAAGGGAAGGAAGGAGGAGGUGGUGACCAGAGAGUAUACCAUCAAUCUCCACAAGCGCCUCCAUGGCUGCACAUUCAAGAAGAAGGCUCCUAAUGCCAUAAAGGAGAUCAGGAAGUUCGCUCAGAAAGCAAUGGGGACAAAUGACGUUAGGGUGGAUGUGAAGCUGAACAAGCAGAUCUGGAGCAGAGGAAUCAGGAGCGUCCCAAGAAGGAUUAGGGUUCGCAUUGCUCGCAAGAGGAAUGAUGAUGAAGAUGCCAAGGAAGAGCUUUACUCGCUUGUUACCGUUGCAGAGAUCCCAGCUGAAGGACUGAGUGGGUUGGGCACCAAGGUCAUUGAAGAGGAUGAUUGA